AUGGAGGCGGCCGCCGCGACGGCGGCGCAAGGACGACGGGACUGGUCGUCUCUCCCGUUGGACAUGCUCGUGCUCGUCCUGGAAUAUCGGCUCGGGUGGUCGACCCACCCCAGCUUCGCGUCGACGUGCCGGCACUGGCGCUCCGCCGUGUCGCCCUUCUACCCGGCGUGGAUCACGCCUCUCCUCCUGAGCGCCGCCGACGUCGGCGUCACGAGCGCCAGGUACUACAGCCCCUACUACCACAAGUGUUUCCAGAUCGCCGACACGCUCGUCAAGGUGCCUAACGCUAGGAUCUGCUGCUCCACCGGACGACGCCUCACGCUGUGCUCACCUAAAUCGAUCCUCCAAGCCGAUCUCGUACUACUCGCCGGCAGCACCAUCCAUGAGCUGCCGAAGCCGACACCGCCUUUCGACUCGUCGCCCGAUUUCAUCGUCUACGACGACCGCGCGCGAAGGAUGUAUUGCGUCAACACGACGUCCGCGCUACGGCUCGCCCGUGCGAUCCAACAAGACGAUGGCCAAUGGGGGCCCUGGGAAUUGACGGGCUUCGGACCGCAAAUUCUGGCGGCACCGACCAGCAACCCGGUGCUCCACGGUGGCUUGCUGUACGUUCUUGGCGAAGACGGGGAGCUCGCGGUGUACGAUCCGUGCAACCAUGGCGAUAGUUUUAAGGUUCUUGAUAAGCCUGGGAGCUUUGGAAUCGAACACCAAGUCGAUAGCCACCUGUUUGAGUCCGACCAAGCUGGCGCGCUCAUGGCUGUCCUCGUUGGCUACAGUGGUGCGCCUGUCCAUGUCGUCAAGCUCAAUGAAGAGACGAUGGAGUGGGAGAAGAUGCGGUCAUUGGAAGGACAUGCGUUGUUCACCGGGACAUACACGACGAUGUUGAGGAAGACUAAGCUUAGGUUGAUGCACAACAAGGUGUUCCUCCCGAGGCUGUACGACUGGCCCGAGACCAUCCAUGUCGACCUUGUUAUACGAUCAGCUUCUGCAGCAUGA